AUGUUUAAAUUAACAUUUACGUUCCUCGCAAUUCUUGCAUUAGCACAUGGGUCCAGUAUCUUAGAUUUCCUAGACUGGGAAGAUGGUAAGAAGUUGAUCGAAGUACCAGAACUGAGGAAUGACCAGCCUAAUAGAAAUUGCCUUUGCAAGGGCCCAGCUUGUGUCUGCUGUGUGGAUUUCAAUAUAACAUUUGUUGAUCUAGGAGGACCAGGGUGUGUUCACAUGAAAUACUUAUCUCCUGAAGAUGGAUUUUCAGUCAACGUAUCAUACGGAAAAAAUUUACUCCAUACUUCAAAAAUACAAGGUACCAAUCCGGCACCUAUAUGUCUUCAAGUGUUCGGGAAGUUUGCCCAGGUUUGUGCUAAAUUCAGUGACUUGGCACCUACCGCCGACGGUCUUAGAGGAUGCCUUGAGUUGGAACCUAGACUUUUAGGAGAGGGGCAGUUAGAAUUUCCCAUUGGCUGUUUCAAGUCGACUCCCGGUGGAAUGGAAAUGGAAGAUCCACCUGCCCAGCCUGAAGGGGAAUCGACUACUGAGGAAUCUACAACGGAAGACAACAGAUUCGAUGCCGAAUCUUUCCUCGCCAGUGUCUACCAAACCGCAGAACAAGGUGUAGCAUUUCUCAGCAGCCUUCUAGAUAUACCAGCUAAACGUAACUCUACAACAACUGUGGCCCCACCCACACCCUCUGAAGCACCUCAAAGACGAGGGCCUAAAUAUUUUAAACAUCCUAAUCAUCUGUGA